UGCACACAGCAGAGGCAUUCCCGUCCCGAGGACUUCUCCAUGGACGCCGCCGGCAAGCGCGGGCGAGACCUCACCGCCGACCCCUCCUCCCGGUACUUCGUCGACGCCGCCCACCCGUACGCCUCCGCUGCCGCCACCGCGCUCACCUCCCACCGCGCCAAGUCCAAGUGGUCCCACCUCUCCUCGAUCCCCGUCCCCUCCCCGCUCCCUGCCUCCGCCGCCGCCGCCGUGCUCCUCCUCCUCCGCCGCCGCCCGCACACCGCGCUCCGCUUCCACGCCUUCGCCCUCCGCCGCCUCCUCCCCUCCCACUCCCCUCCCCCUCUCGUCCUCUCCGCCUCCGCCGCCCACGUCGCGGCCGCCUCCCGCCUCCGGGGCGCUGCCCUCGCCGUCCUCGCCUCCGCCUCCCGCCACUACUCGCCGGCCCAAAUCUUCAAUGCCCUGGCCGCCACCUACCGCCGCUUUGCCUCCGCUCCAUUUGUCUUCGACCUGCUCCUCCUAGCCUACCUCCGCUCCCGCCGCGACGCCCUCGCCGCGGCCUCCGUCGCCCGCCGCAUCCUGGCCGCCGGCGGCCGGCCGCUCCCCACCACCGCCGCUGCUCUUCUUCGCUCCCUUCCCUCCCCCGCCGCGGCGCUCGACAUGUACCAUCAAAUUUACACGAAUUCAACUCCACAGAGCAACCAUCUGCUCCUGCCGACAGUUCACACCUUCAAUUCCCUUCUCCUCGCCUUCUACCGCGAGGGCAAGUGCGAUGAAUUCAAGAUUGUGCUCCAGGAAAUGGGAAAAUAUUCCUGCAAGCAUAAUGUCUGCACCUACAGCAUUAGGAUGGCCGAGUACUGCGAUUGCAGAGAUGUGGAGAAGGCACGAGGACUGUGGGAUGAGAUGAUUCAGGAAGGGAUCCAGCCUGAUGUAACUGCAUACAAUACGAUGAUUGGUGGCUAUUGUCGUGCUGGGGAGGUAUGGAUGGCAGAGGAGAUGUUUAAAAAUAUGGAGAUGGGUGGAAUUGAUCCAAGUUCCACGACAUUCGAAUGGUUGGUUAGCGCGCAUUGUAUGGCAGGGGAUGCUGAGGCGGCAAUGCUUGUUCAUGCAGACAUGAGGAGGAGGGGGUUUGGGUUGGCGUCAGAGGUUGUUGAGGAAUUGCUGGAUGCAUUAUGUCAAAAUGGUAGGGUUCAGGAUGGCUUGGGUGUUUUGCGGUUGGAAAUGAGGAGGGAAGAGUUUGUGCCGACUCGGAGGAGUUAUGAGGUGUUGAUAAAGGGGUUCUGUGAUGAAGGGGAGGUGGAGGUGGCGAUGAGACUCCAGGCAGAGAUGGCUGGAAAAGGAUUCAAUGCUGGUAGUGAGGUGUACCAUGCAUUCAUUCGUGCCUAUGAGAAGUCUCAAGAUUAUGAGAUGGUGGAGAAGUUGAGGAAAGAAAUGUUGGUGAUGAGCACAUAGGAUUGUGAUAGUUCGCUUGGAUAUUACACAGUGAUGGAUGGAUUUCAACAUUAGUAUGUUCCCCGCCCUAGGUCAUUUAUGGGGCUGGCUCCGCCACUGUGUAUUAGUAUGUUCUUUUAUUAUGCUGACAUGAUUUGCUUGUCAGUUCUUUUCUGUCUUCAUAUUACGGUUUUGUUGAAACUAAUCUGGUAAAUCGAACAAUAACUAAAAAUGAUACAUGAUGGACACAGCUUUUGUAUUGGACUGACUAAGAACCUAAGGAAUUUAUAUGAACCAUGAUUUAUCCCCCCCUCCCUUUUUUUGCAGGAUAGAGUACCUGCGUUCUCUCCUGAGAAAGCAAAAGCUUUCAUAAAGAAGGAAAUGGAUUGUUCCUUUGAUAUUGUGUACAAAGAAUUUGAAGAGCGUCCAAUAGCGGCAGCAAGUCUUGGUCAGGUACAUCGUGCAGUGCUCCAUAAUGGUGAACGAGUUGCAGUCAAAGUUCAGCGACCAGGGCUCAAAAAACUUUACAGUUCAUCUUACUUAGGUCAAUGUCAAAAAGUUUUGGUGAUAUAUACAUUUGGUGAUAUAUACAAAUUACCGAGGUUGGGAAUGAUGGGGCCCUAUUAUGUGGAGUAGAAUUAGAGCUGACACAGCUGUAUUUAGUCACACCUCGGCAUGGUUGCUUAUUUUGGAGCCCUGCAGAGCUAUGCGUGAAAGCUUGAAGGUACCUUCAAGUGAGGUAUGCUAUCAGGAAGCUGUCAAAGGAGAGCUGUGUCGGUUGCAAGAUCCGGAAGGAAAACCACCCGUUCUGAUGGGAUGGUGGCAAGAUCAGUUACUUUUGUUGAAAAUCAUGACACAGGGUCAUCUCAGGUAUAAUAGUCCUUCUGUCAUCCUUCUUUGGUCUGCACCAGCCGUGUUAACAUUUGCCAAGUAUUCAUGUGCUAACAGAAAUGCUCAGGUCCAUGCACCUUCUUAGCAUCCCCUGCACUGCCAACAGCCGGACGCAACGUACCGCCAACUGCUAGGCAUUUUCGACCAGUGUUGUGCUGCACGGUGUAGUCUCUGAUUUGUCGUCACUUGGACGGCCUGCCUCCUUAACAUCUCCAUUAGACUGUUAUGCUUACCAAUCAGCCUUCCCCUACUAUUACCUGCUGCUUGCCAGUGUGUAAAUUAAAUUUUAUCUUUUUUCUGAACCAACAUGUGCUCCACUAUGGAACCACACUCAAGAACCGGUCAGCUAAGGUACUUUCAGCUAUGUUCCCAACAA